CAAAUGGACGAGGAGAUUUAGAUGUUUAGAUUUGUGACGUUCUGAAACUCCUCUUAUCAACCUCUGAUACUGAUUAUCAGAUAUCUCUAAUAUCACAAUUUUUUUGCUUGUCAUCAUUAUCGAUAAUGUUCAUUUCUUAGUAUUGAUAGGACAAUUGCAAACAAAAUAACAACUCGACGCCAUAUGAAAAUGAGUAUCACCUUAUUAGGUUUUAAAACUAUGUUAACGGAGGAGUUAGGUAACAGUUUAGAAGAAGAUUUAAGACAAAUGGUGAUUUCGAUAACUACACAAGAACUUGAAAAAAUAAAACAAGAACUCAUUUGUUCAUUUAAAGACUCAAAGUCAUUCUCUUUGGAUGGGACACGAUGGUCCAAAAUAAUCAAAACGUUUGCGAAGAUUGUAAAAGAACUAUUUUUAGGACCCGGAGCGGAAACAAAUACGUCGGCAUUUUCAUCUCAACAGGAAAGCAUUCCAAAGGCUUUUAGGGAAAUAGUGUACAUGUACAAUAAAACAGUAUGCUCUGAUAAUCAGGGAUACAGUGAUAUAAACAAUGGACUAUCUUUAGAAGAAAGUCAGAGAAGCCCUUCCCAGUUUGAAACAAACUACCCCACUGAUUUGUCCACAAAUGUUUGCACUGACUCCGAAUGUGAAUAUUUUAAAGUUAUACUAACACCUGAUGUAAGGCCUACUGACAGACGUUGUGUCUCCGAAAAUUUACUACAAACAAUGGAUCCAUUAUGGAAUGAAUAUGCAAAAGAAGUUGAUGAAGAAACUGACAUUCAAUUGGAUAGAAAUUUGCCUAUUAUUGAUGAAAAUGAUGAAAUCUUUACUAAUCUUAUCAAUACAAUCGCAAAAGAUUUCAAUGAGAUGAAAUUUACCAGUGAUAAUGAAAAUUUUAAAUUCUUUGAAAUACCAGUUCCUGAUGAGAUAGACAUGAAACCAACUUAUGAAACAGCUUGUCAAUUAUUCAAUAAUAAUUCUAAAUCUGUACUUACGAACCUCAGUCAAUCAUUUUUAAUGGAUAAAUCAAAAUGGAUUUUACCAAUUUUGAAGUUGCACACUGAUGAAGAUGAAACUAUGUUUCGAAGAACAAAAACACUGCCAAGUAGUAAACUGGAUGAAUUAUUUAUUCAUGAAGUAAAUAAAUACAAAAAACGAAGUGAAAAAGUUGAAAAUAUAUCAGUUGACAAUUUUAAUGAAAAAUAUAAGAAAACUUUAGCAGAAUUAAAAAAUGAAGAACAAAAGUUCAAUAAAUUAAAACAAAAGUUAAUAAUAUGUCAGUACAAGUCCAAUGAAGUGCCGUUGUGGAAUACAGGCAAUGAUAUGAUAGUUAAUAAUGACAGUAGUGACUAUGAGUUGUUAAACAAUUGUGAAGAAAAAAUCAAUUUACUCAAACUUAAUUUGAUGAAUUUAAUUAAUACUUCACCAGUUUGUAGUAUUUACAAGACUGGCAAAGAAAUGUGUGAUCAUAAGUUAAACAGUAUAAGAAAUACAAUUCAACAACGAUUUCUUGUUGUAUGGAAUAAAUUAAAACUUACUGAAAAUGAAAAACAAUCUUGUUUAUUGAAAUUUUGUUGGCAACAUAUGAGUGAUACUAUUUAUAUGGCAAAUAUGAAUAAAGCAUUAAACUUAUUGGAAUAUGCAGCGAAAUAUAUUGAACGUCGUGAAAUGUUAUUACAUAAAUUAGCAAAAAUUGAAAUUGAACAUUUAAUUCAAUCAAAAAAUUAUAGUUUAAAUGAUAAUCAUUUGGAAUUGAAAUGUUCAGAUGAACGUUAUAAAGUUGAUAAGAAAUUUAACAAGUUGGAGAAACUGAUUGUGUCUACUGCUAAACAACUGGAGAAGAAGUUUAAUUAUACUCUGACAUUCAACGGUCAAAUUUAUCUUAAAAAGAUGGUCCAUGAUCGAAGUGAUCUGAUUUAUUUACUGAGAGAAAAGUACAAAAGUAAACCAGGACAUGAUAGCGCAAUAUAG